UGUAAGUAUGUCCCUGCGUCAACAAUACAACGCCGUCAAAGGUUUCUCUCCUUCUUCUACACAGUGUCAAUUUUAGUCUUCCCUCGAUUCAUAUUUACAUAUCUAAGAGAUUGUGACAUUUCUAUGACCAUCCCAAUUCAACUUUCAUUAGGAUAUGAGAAAAAGAGACGGUGGAGACUUGGCCCAAGUCACCGUGACAAUCCGGAUCCCACCCUUACACAGCCUUGUGAUUUCCCGCCACAACAGAGCGAAUCUCCUGCCUGCGCUAAUAUCAGAAGAAGAGAGAAGUUCGACGACGAAGCCGGUAGCCACCGUGUUUAAUCGAAUGGCUCCUUCUUCUCCGAUCAAUACUGCUUCGCAACCGCCUUCAACCGCAGAGAAUGAUAUUCAGCCAUUCUUUGUACUACAUAAAGCUUCACAUCGACGGAAAGAUAGAACGCCAGUCAGACAGGGAAAAUAUCGCAAGAGAAAUGAGGUUUCUCCUGAAUUGCCACAAAGUUCAAAGAAAGGAGAAGAAAGUACAAAUGAAGAAUGUGAUCGCCGUUUCUGUCAGCAAAUGCAGAUUGAAGCUUUUGAUAUUGUUUGGACAAAAAUCGAAUCUACCAUUAAGGACGUCUUGAGAGACCUUAAUGCUAGUGUUUUCAAUAAUAUACAACAAUGGGUUCUGGAGGGCUACAAUACUACUAGAUUAGUUGGAGAACCUAGCAUUGCUGAAGCAACUAGGUCUUUUCCUGUUCUAAAUAAUACUACUCCUGGGAAGUUGUACACUGCAUUAGUUAUUACAAGAAACAUAGAGUUUGUUGAUGAUAUAGUGACAUUUGAAGAGCUUGGCAUUUUCUUGAAGUCCCAUGGAUGUCAUGUGGCUAUGCUUUCAUCAAUGGAGUUUUCACUAAAAAAUGGAAUUGCUGGUUGCUUGAAAGCUUUAUUGCGAGAGUUUCUAGGAGGUUCUUUCGACCAGUCAGCCGAUCUAUCAACCUUAGCAUCAUGGUAUAGAGAACAAGACAACUACAAUAAACCAUUAGUACUGAUUGUUAAUGAUUUGGAAAGGUGUUGCGGAUCAGUCUUAACUGAUUUUAUCCUGAUGUUGAGUGAAUGGGUUGUCAAGGUGCCAAUCAUCUUAAUAUUUGGAGUUGCAACGACAGUGGAUGCCCCAAGAAACAUUUUUCCAUCUCAUGCUCUUGAGUGUUUGUGCCCUUCUACGUUUAUGCUUGUAACACCAGCUGAGAGAAUGGAUGCAAUUGUUGUGGAAGUUCUUGUAAAACAUUGCACCACUUUUAAUAUCGGUCAUAAAGUGGCACAGUUAUUGAGAAACUACUUCAUCAACCAGGAUGGGACAGUAACAUCUUUUAUAAGAGCUUUGAAGGUAGCAUGCUUAUUACACUUCUCUAUGGAACCUUUGAGUCUCAUACAUGGGAGAAUUCUUGUUGAAGAUCAGGAUGCAAAAUCUGGAUUAUCACCGGAGACUAUGUCGAAAUACAUGGAUGAACUUCCAUCAUAUGCAAGGAAUAAAAUGGUUGAUCAGACUAAUAAGAGCAUGGCUGAGGGUUUGUCAGAAUUGGUGACAGUGCAGAAACUAUGGAGCACUGUGGUUCUAUGCCUAUAUGAGGCUGGAAAAUAUAGCAGAGUGCGGCUGCUGGAUUUGUUUUGUGAAGCACUCAAUCAAGUUUUGUACCCAUCAAGGGAUUCUGUUUGUCAUACGAGGGAUGAAAAAGACCAUGGAUUGCCCUCAACAAAUGAUCCCUGUCAGCAAUAUUCCAUCUUGCAAAGUGGAGGUUUUAUUUGCCAGAUAGCACGCAGAGUGAGGGAUCUCCCUCCAGGAAAGCUAGAUCAAUUGAUUGAUAGUUGGGAAAAAAUUACUGCAGAUAUUUCAGAGAUUCAUGAGAAACUGAAAAUCUUGCAAUCGUCGGUAAGUUUUAAAGAUGGAAAGAGUUCACGCAGGAGCUCCAAGGACAUUUCCAAGAGAUCUGUGUCCAAAAUCAUUGACAAGGAAUCAAGAUUGUCAAACUUGCAAGCUAUCGCAUUUCUUGACGAUUUAGUUAGAAAUUAUUUGAAGCCCAUUGAAGGAAUGCCUUUCCAUGAAAUUUUCUGCUUCAACAAUGUUGAGAAGCUUCAAUUGGUUUUGAUCGGAGAUCCAAGGAGAAGGAUUCAAGUCGAUCUGUUGGAUUUCCAUGAUAUUUUAGGAUGUAGUUGCUGCAACAAGAGUGGCAAGGCCCUAUUGCCAUCCAUGCAUGAUUCCUCAAUUAUGUACUCACUAGCUCAAGAGCAUGGAGAUCUUAUCAAUCUUCAUGAUUGGUUCCAGUCAUUUAGAACAAUUGUUCUUCAAAAUACAAAUAAACGGAAACAAAAAUCGAAGAACACCCCCUCAUCAAAGAAGAGAAAAGAAAUGAAUGAAUCUGGAGACCAAAAUGAAGCCUCAAUUCAAGCACGAUUUUGCAGGGGAGUUACAGAGCUGCAAAUCACUGGGCUAGUUCGAAUGCCUAGCAAGAGACGUCCAGAUUUUGUACAGAGAAUAGCAUUUGGCAUUUGAAUACAGAAUUCACUUGUGUUUUUUUUUAUUUUUUUUUUAUAUUGAAAUGUAAUAUAAUUGGUUUGGUAUAUUAUAUAAUUAUUCAAGGUCUAAUAUGGUAGUCAAUUGAAAAAGAAGAAAGGUAUAACGGGAAAUAGAGACAGAGAGAAUUGUCUGCAUGUUACUAAAGAUUUAUGAAUAUUAUCUUUUUGCAA